GAAUGAAGCACCAGUAUAAGAGUAGUUCGGUUAAAAGCUAACCAAGAGGGGCCACCGCUUCUUUGUUUCAUUUUCCUCCUCCUCUCUUAGUUAGAUGACCUUGAGCCCAUUGAGCCUACAGCGACGUCCUGCAAAGAUAUGGCUAUUGGUCACUGUUACUUCGUGGAACUGAAACUUCUCGCAGGUCUGGCCCAGGCUCUUAGGCCACUCUCCCGCGUCGCGUGCUCUGCGGCCGAGAAAAGCUUGGGGAACAACUGGUGUCGUUAGUGAGUUAACCCGUGUCAAUUUUGAGUGCUAGUUCUAACACUGUCUAUAAGAACAAUCAAGAGCUGCAGACAGAUAAAACGAACAAAGUGUCCAUGUUUUUCCCACUAGGAGUUAUCUCACUUCGAAACCAUCUCCGACGCCCUGCAGUGGCCUCUUGUGAUUUUAUACCAUUCUGUAAGAAAUUGAAUUGCAAAUAGUGAAAGUACUUUGGGCAUUAGGCAGUCAAAUGUUUGGGUCACAAGGAAUACACCAACAAGUUAUCACAAGUGACAACUCUACAUUAAUCCAGUUCUACACAGCGCUGACUGCAAGGUGACGCCAGUAAUAAGCGAAAAACGAGGUCUGUGCAGAUGUAGAGAUGUAACAGCCCUCUGUUAUAUGACUGAAAGAGCAAAGCAUCGGAAAGAUAUUCGUAGAGGAUACUUCAAAGUCUCCAAGAUCGCACCGUUUUGUUUACGAUCAUAGUACAUAUCUCAGUUUUCCUUCGGAGAUAUGCUGAACAUAACUAGAUAUGCGCAAAAAACAAUGGUCGAUGCGUUCGUGUGUCGUACGAGAAGGAGCUGUGCGCGACCAAUUGGUCAUGUCGUCGUCGGCGUCCUUUUCGAUCAAGUCUUUUCUUCUGUCAGCGAAAUUGCAGCUACAACUCAGUUUAAUGGUGAUCUUUGCCUUAUCGCUUUCACAUGCCACGCCGACGGUACCUCUUACGGAUUUCAUCGCUAGCGAUCGCGGAGACGAGCUGCGGUUCUCCCCCAGCCGAUGGGCGUACAGGUUUGGCUCAGAUUCGCACGAAAUGGUGUGCGAAUAUCGGCCAAGGACUCCGGCACGUCUAAACACUUGGCUGCAACUUAGCAACGUUUACGUCGAAGGCCUGUUAAGUUACACCAAAGUUGACUCGUUAUCGGGAGCAUCAAUAAGAUUUCAGGUCAGAAAUAUUACGUCUUCAUCGGAGUUCUCCUGCAGGGUUUAUUCUUCAAGCUCCUUACGUUACAUACAAGAGAAGCAGGCCCAGGUGUUUGUCCUCGUUGAUCGACCGGAAAGCUGCCACACCGAUAAACAGUGUUGGGGUUACGGCCGAAACGUGGUUUGUGAUAAUGGCGCCAGUCAGCGCUGUAUGUGUGCAAUCAAGGCGGCACGAACCUCGCAGGAUAGUCCCAUCUGCACGGAACUUAUACCCGUUGACAAGUGCAAGUACCCCAAGUGCAGGGGGGAUGAGGAUGACUGCAUCUGCACACGAGAUCCGGCUAUUGUUCUAAAUCCAGCGAGCUACAAACAUAAGAAUCCUUCCAACUUUACGCCCGACCAGGACGAAGUUGCAAUCUUGAACGGCAGUAAAGUUGUAGAACUCAGCUACCUUGUGCGGAGCAGCGAAGAAUGCAUACACUGUUACCGAACGUCCUCAAACCUGCAAUACCUUCAGGCAGGUCUUUUUCUCGUGGGCGCUGUCCUUGCUUUUACCGCAGUUACUCUAAUGGCUGUGGUCAUCCGCAAAAUGUGGCUAUAUUAUCGCGUUCCUCCAUACCUGUUGGAAGCUUCUCACGAUCUCGAAAGAGAAACCAUCGAACGUGAAGCCGAGCAGAUGGCCCAGCGCGACAAACCGCCAAGCUAUAUUGAGGUGAUGGAAGGAGAUCUCCGUAUAAGUGGGUACCCGCCGCCCGAUUAUGAAGAAUUCGCUUCCGCAGUGAGGCAGCAUCGCGACGUUGAACGCCGCCAACCUCAUCGCCGUAUCUGCAAUACUGGAGAACUCCAACUUAGUAGUGACCGUGUCGGCCGGCGUCACAAUAACGUUCCUAAUCCGAUGUCAUCUGGCCGAAGGUCAUUAGUUACACCAUGGUGCAGGGCGUUUCAGCUAAGCGGCCCAGCUGGCAGUCAAGGCGCCGUCAGGCUUGGACUUGGUUCUCCUGGCACGGUUUCCCGAUUGUCACUGGCGACAGUGUCCUCGAUCUCCGGAACUGUUGCCAGUUCCUCCCAUUUAGAAGUUCCAUCGUACGAAGAGUCCGCACAUCGGCUUUAUUAUUAACUUGUUUACUAAUAUAUAUAUAUAUACAUUAUUGUAUAGCAUUGUGUACCAUUGUUGUGAUUAUUAGCUUGCCAUCUCAUCAGCUGACGUACUCAAACCAUUGAGUGGCUUGCAUGGGGUUGCCGGACAUGGCAAAGAUAACUGCAGCGAUCAGUAUCUCCAUUCCAAUUCGCUAAAUCCAUUAUAUUUCACUAUACGAUUCAUAGGUUUCAAUCGAUCAACCUUUUGCACUUAUGAGUAAAGUCAUUAAACCUAAACUGUGGUCCCUUGUGGAUAACUUGUCCGAAAAUUCGAGGCCUUCGAGACGCCUUCAACGCACAUAACUAGUAUGGUCAACUCUCGAACACAGAAAGAAUAUUAUCUAAUCGUCUAUCCGUGAGAGGAAAAAGUAGACUCGUUUAUUUGUUUGUCCUUUACUCGAGAUAUAGUCGUAUCGUACUUGCGUGGACUGGCAUAGAGGUUUCACAGCAUUUGAAGUAUGAACAGAAAAAAGGCGUCAUUAUUGGGCCCGAAUGGUUGUUAGGUUUUUCUAUGGAUAUGAGACGUGUUUAAUAUUUAGUAUAUCUAUGGGAGGUAUUCAUAUACUGUAAGUACACAAAAAAAAAGUUACUGUAUCAGAUAAUAAUACAUCGUCGAUAAUCGUUUUGGUCGACUUCGACUCAGCACUCGUAGAAUAUAAAACUUAACGUACAUUUUUGGAGUGACUGUUCUUAUUUGUUAACCUUAAAGAAGUACCUCUCUCUCACACAGAGUGAAGUUUCCGUUAUAAUCGAAAAACCUUCGUUUUUGGAUUCAGUAGAGCUCAUAUUGAGCAUUUAUGGUAUGUGUAUGUAUUUGCAAGUUGAUUUUUCUGUUUACGCUAGAGUUAUUGAUAUUGUGGUUAUGUAUUUUAUGUUUCUCCUGAUCAAUUAUAUCUCCUGAUACGCUAAUUGUCUUUCCGUCCUUUCGGCGCACAAAUUGCACUUCAGCGCCUUCAGCGACUAAUAUUGGAAAAGGGCUUUCUUGCAUAAAAACUUUAAUAGCUAAUGAUAAUGCGUUUUGCUUUUAAAAAGCUAAUAUCUGAGUACUGAAAAACAUUAUCAAGGUCACAUGUGAACUGCAAAUUUACUUAUGUGAACCCUUAAAAUCUUUCACCCGCAUUGAUGCAUUUGUUGACAGUGGAUAAAUUUGCGGGCCGGAAAACAUUGUAGAAUUGUUCCGUAGAAAAAAAAUCACACUUAUGUA